AUAAUAAGAUUUAUUAAUUUAUUAAGACCAUACUUCUUGUUGUGCUAUUUAUAACCUUGGACCACCAUGAAAACAUACAAUAUCGCGUUUAAAGCUGCAAGAGUGGAGAUAGAAAGAAUAUUGUAAAUAUAUAACAACAAAUUAAGACUGAUUAUGAGAUUGUUUUUAUAAAACAAUACGUUAAAACGAAAACCCCACGAAUCUAUGGGGCCAAACCCAAGAGCAAUCUAGAAAAAGACUCCCAAUGUAGCUGUCAUUAGGGACGCCUGUGGAGUAAUUAGACAUGCCACGUUUCCGAAAAUGGAGAUUUAUAAUCUUAAAUUAAGGAGCUAGUGACAAGAUUUGUUUAAUUGCUAACCAUGUGCUUAAAGCUCUAAUCGUGAUUUGGGAUGUAGAAGGAACCAAAGAGACAGGUUGGCUGACUAUAUUUAUAUUUGUUUAAACUUUUACUCGACGUGAGUGUUUUCUGGACCGUCCACGUUGUGCCUUGGUAUUGAAUGUUUGAUCGUAAACAUUUUGGUGGUGAUUAGUGUCUUAAUCGAGUAACUGAGAAUCUUAAAUUUUUAUUUUAAAAGAACCAAAAGGUUCAGGAUUAGCUGUUUAGAGCUUUGUCAUGUUUAUAAUCCACUAGUAGUCUAGCAGAAUGGGUUCUACAUAUGAGCUGGUUCAAAGACAAGAAGCCCACAUUAGGCACAUGACACUUCAAAAGAUAGAUUACAAACUCAUUCUUGGCAAUACUCCUUAUAAAUUACAGGUCUUUCUCUAUCUCUUCCACAACACAACUUCUCACAGCUCACAAGUGAGACAAAUUACAACAGAGAGAGAUAGAUAUACAAGAACAUGAACCCCACGGCGAGUGACCAUAACAUGGCUUUCAUCUCUCAGUUGUACCCUGAUGUCUACACUCAUAUAGUACCACAGGGAGAAGUGAAGCCACCGAAGCGAAGGAGGAAGAAGAGCAAAAGGGCGGUGGCUGCCGGAGAUGGAAGUAACUGCUUGUUUAAGAAGAGAAAGCUUACUGAUGAGCAAAUGAACAUGUUGGAGAUGAGCUUUUGCGAUGAACAUAAGCUUGAGUCGGAGAGGAAAGAUAAACUUGCGGCGGAGCUAGGGCUUGACCCUCGUCAAGUUGCCGUUUGGUUUCAAAACCGUCGUGCACGGUGGAAGAACAAAAGGCUCGAGGACGAGUACAACCAACUCAAAAGCUCACAUGACAACGUCGUUGUCGACAAGUGCCGACUUGAGUCACAGGUUCUUCAGCUCAAGGAACAACUCUUUGAUGCAGAGAGGGAGAUCCAAAGAUUGGCAGAAAGAGUAGAAGGAGGCUCUAGCAACAGUCCAGUUUCUUCUUCAGUCUCCGUCGAACACAAUGAAACGUCGUUUUUUGGAGACUAUAAAGUUGAAGAGGACGGUGACGACUACGAUAACAUGGUUUAUCCGGUGCCGGAAAACAGCUACAUCGACGGAGAGGAGUGGAUGAAUUACCAGCUUAAUGUAAUAUUUUAAUUGUAUUAAUUAGUGUCGUGAACCAGGAAGGAAUAUUAUUUACUAAAUCAAAAGACUAUAUAGUUGCUGAAUUUCUAAUAUACAAAUAAAUAUAACGCCGAUAUAUUUCACGCUAGUGUAAUUUGGCAAUGUUGUAUGUAAGCAACAUUUGCUUAUGUAGUUAAUUUUGAGUCACUUUGUCUGGCAUAUUAAUUUCGAAGCAAAAAGUCUGUAAUAACUAAUUCUCUUUCAAUUAUAACAACUAAUUAACUUGUUCUCAUUUCCCCCUUCUAUCAUUGACGAUGCCAAAAUGUUAAUUCUCUAGUGGCUGGGAUUCGAACCCUGAUGGCUUCACCGUAUUGGGUUUUUUUCCCUCAAGUUAAUCACCGCCGCACCACAAGCUCUGGUUGGUUUGACCUAUCCAUAUAUGUAUGUCAUAUAUCAUUUUUUGUUU